AUGCGUUUCUUGAACUCUCUUAACUACCUUCUCUCGGGCCUUGCAGUGCUCCAAGGCUCCGAAGCGGCAAUCGCAGCUCUCAAUUCGCUCCACCAAGCCGGAGUGACUAAUAUCCCACUCGAUCUUGCCGGAUCGGUGCACGACGAUCUUUUUGCGAAGUUUGGAUGGGGUGCCAUGGGAGCCGGCGCGUUGGCAGAUGUGCGCUAUACUGAACGGGCUUUGCAGGCUACUGCCCAGGGCUUUUUCUCCAUCAUUUGGGACUUUGGUAGCGCCCAAGGCGCCGCCGAAGCAGUUAAUCAGAUCCGGGAGUACGCUGAAAACACCUACAAGCGUAGUGAUGAGGAAGAUGAAGACUUGUUCGCCAUCACCGGCCUUCGCUUUGGCGAUCUCCCGUCUUCGGCCUUCCCUCCUGAGGGAGCAGUUGCCGAGAAUUCGGCCCUGGCUAAGCGAGCCAACACCGUGUGCUUCAAUCGUUCUGGUUACUCUUUCACGCGGAACGUCUUUGACGCCACCGAUCCCACCGCCAACACGAACUUCAACCAAUGCGAGUCAUGCCAGGGCGGUACCCGGAACGGCUGUUAAUCAAUCCAAGGACAUUGAACGGACUUUGAGAAACGCCAAGUUGCAAGGCUCUUGCCUGAUUGACUACCCUUUUGUUUUCCAAUUAGCACGAAUAUAUUUUGUACGGCGAUAUAGAUGAAGAAUAAGAGCAGCUGCGUAAAGAGGGGAUUCAUCUGUUUUGCUAUAGUAUUUGUCAAAUGUGUCCUAUCCUUUUUGAAUCCUCAAGGAGAACUCCUUGUCGGCAAUAAAAUUCGACUAUUAUAGAAGUAUUAGUGAGCAUCAAGAAUAUAAACUAUAAGAUAAACUUACAAGAGAAUUUUCAAAGUUUAUCGUGCAGUUGGAAAAUGAAAAUACGUUAUACGAAGA